ACAGCACUUCCGGAGUGAUGUUUGUUGUGGGAAAUAACCACCGUGCGACUCGCCUGUGACUGGGCCCACGCUAACGGAACAAGGACUGAACUACAACCGUUACGCUGCGUCCGGAGCACGUAGCGGCUUUUUUUUUUAAACCAAUAACACGCCAGCGGAACGGGGCCCAGGGACCGGGACCACGACGCAGGGGCGGCGGGGAGAGGGGACAUUCUUGUCGGAUAGCCGAGUAGCAGAAGCCACCGACAGACAGCACGGAGCUGUCGCGAUGCGGUAACUAAAACAUGGACAGCAGAAUCAAGGAGAACCCAGAGAGAACUUUUGAUCUGGUGGUACAAGUAACAUCUCCAGUAUCUAAAAAUGAGGAUCCAACCGUGCUGUGGAGCUUCCCCCAGGACCACACCGACCAGGACGUUCUUCAUACGAUACCAAAGUUCUGCUUUCCCUUUGACAUGGAAAGAGUGUCCCAGAGCCAUGUUGGACAGAACUUCACCUUUGUGCUGACCGAUAUCGACGGCAAGCAGAGGUUCGGGUUCUGUCGUCUCACUCAAGGUUGCAGAGUUUGCUUAUGUCUGCUAAGCUACCUUCCAUGGUUUGAGAUUUACUACAAGCUGUUGAACACCCUUGCGGACUACCUAACGAGACAACAGGAUAAUGACUUGAAUGACCUGCUGAACUCUCUGCACGAUCUGCCGGUGCCAAAGCCCUUCACGCCAGUCAACCUGAGUGUGAAUGAGCAGUUGUAUAUUGCCACUGGGCAAGUACUCCGAGAUCAGCGAAGCAAGGAGCCGCACUCCUACUUCAUCGCCCCGGAUAUCAAUGGACUGCCAACUAUCCCAGAGAGUAGAAACCUGACAGAAUACUUUGUGGCUGUGGAUGUCAACAACAUGCUCCAGCUCUAUGCCAGUAUGCUGCACGAGCGGCGUGUCAUCAUUACCUCAAGCAAGCUGAGCACUUUAACUGCAUGUGUCCACGGUGCAGCUGCUUUGCUCUUUCCAAUGUACUGGCAGCAUAUCUUCAUCCCUGUGCUGCCCCCGCAUCUUCUGGACUACUGCUGUGCCCCCAUGCCAUACUUUGUGGGAGUUCAUCUUAGUCUACUGGAGAGAGUACGCAGUCGGUCCCUGGAGGAUGUGGUCAUCCUGAAUGUGGACAAUAACACACUGGAGAGUCCCUUUGACGAUCUGCACAACCUUCCCAGUGAUGUGGUGUCCUCGCUGAAGAGCAAGCUCAAGAAGCAGUCGACGGCGACGGGAAGCGGCGUGGCGAGGGCCUUCCUGAGAGCGCAGGCCGCUCUGUUUGGAUCCUACCGGGACGCCCUGCGUUAUAAGCCUGGGGAGCCAAUAGCAUUCUCCGAAGAGAGCUUUGUGAACCAUCGUUCAAGCACCAUGAAGAACUUUCUGUCCAUGGCGGUCAACCUGCAACUUUUCAAACAGUUCAUCGAUGGGCGGCUGGCCAAAUUGAACGCAGGCCGCGGCUUCACCGACGUGUUUGAAGAAGAGAUCACAGAGGGGGGCUUCUGUGGAAGUAGCGCCAGGUCCUACCAGCAGUGGAUGCACACUGUGAAGAGAGGAGGAGCGCUCAUCAAUACAGCGGUGACGAAGGCCAAAAGCCAUGCCAAGAGGGGUAUCCGGGACAUUAGGGGCCGACUGAAAGUGCGGGAAGAAGAGGAAGAGGGGAUGACAGUAUGUGCAGGGUCCCCCACCAGCACCAAGAGUCUGUCUCCAAGGCGACUGCAGAGGAUGAGACAGCAGAACUUCAGCAAGUCUCCCAUGAGCACGGGCCCUCCAGAUCUCGGCUACGGGCUUGACGAUGACGAGCUGGACAGUGCAAGCAAGUUCUCGUCAGAGGACAGCGGAGACGUCCCGUCAUACACCGAAGACAGCGAUGACUCGUACUCUCUGGAUCUGGACAUGGACUCCUCCCACUCGGGCAAGAUGAACCUGCUGGAGGAGAUCCUGGACUCUCUGAGCACCACCACCUUGGAGCAAGGCAAGCUCAGUGCUGCCAAGAGCCUGGACUUCUUCAGGUCCAUGGAGGAUCUGGACUAUCAGGCUUCGUGCAAACCAAAGUUGUCUGGCGCCUGUCAAGCCUCCAGCGAUGCUGGUGGUGAUGCAGGCGGGGAGCAGGGGGGCUGGAACAUGGGUCAGGACGACAGUGCAGUUCAUGGGAAACACCUUCCACCGUCGCCACGGAGACAAGCCAACAAGAGCAGUGUGAAGGUGUCCAAGAAGCCCAGCAAGGACGGAGCAGACGAGCAGAUGGGCCAGCCUCCUCUACCUCCACCGAGACCACCAGGAGACCGCUUCUCCUAUUUGCCCUCCACGUCUCCGAAUCCCUCCGACUACUCUCCACGCGUGCGGACCGUUUCAGAGCCCCAAACCGUCAGCGAGCCCCUUCAGGCCCAGAACCCGCUGGCCUCCACCGGCAUCCUGAGGAGGAAGGUGCUCUCCAAGGAGACUGUGAGGAACUACAAGCAGAAGUCUGUCCAGAGGCAGGCCAGCAAGGAGAGCCGGGUCAGGAAUUCUGUUCAGGUACCGUGGGAGAAGGACUACACGCAGGGGGUCCCGGGUCACGGUAAAGCCCUAGGGGCCGCGACGCAGGAUCGAGGCCUCCUGGAGGAGAUCGAGUCCAUGUGCUGCGUGGGGCCCGUCCUGCACAGCGGCCUGCAGCUGUCCCAGGUUCACUGCAACAACCACAGCAAGGCCACAGAGCAGUCCUAACAUGGUGGCACUAGGACUAUUUGGACUAGUUCUACGUCACGCCUGGAUGGAACGUGAGGCCUUCAAGGAAAACAGGAAAGACUUGUGGCGUUCAACAAAGUCAUCCUCUUUUCCACACAGUGGUGAAAGAAGGCAAAAGUAUUGGGACACACUUGCAUCCACAUAAAGUGUGCGCCAUCUUUGUGCGAGUUCAUCCCAUGAGGUCAGGGUCAGGUCGGGACAGAGCAAAGGAAUACAAAUGCAGACCUGCCAACAUGUGCGUGUUUUUACGCGCCGCACGCAUUUUGAGCCUCGAAUACGCUUCCCCGCUCUCCAGGUGCGCAAUUUGCCAGUUUCAGUUUAAAACUGAGUGGUCUGACACUCCUGUGGGGGGGCACCAGCGUACGCUACACCGGCUCGCUCCCCCUCCUUGAGUAGCGUGACAUGCGCCUGCCAAAAAAAAUCCAUAUUUUCUCCCCGAAUACCUCCUAUGAUUUCGAAUCAACAUUUGUCAAUAAAAAUGACUGUUGUAACACACUGAUUAGUUCCAGCUGCAGUAACACCCACCUCCCCUUUCUCUUUAAACACCAUUGGCUUGCACUGAAGGACAUUCACAUGGCAAAGGUGUAAAUAUGCCCUUAAUGACUGUUAUAAUGCGCUGAUUAGUUUCAGCUGCAAUAACACCCCCCUUUUCUCAAUAAUUACCAUUGUUUGCGCGCGACAAAGGAUGCAAACGAGCUCAAAAUUUAAUGCAUUAAUUCGUUCCAGCCACAAUUACACUCCACCUCUAUCUUUAAUUACCAUCACUCGCUCGGGACGAAAGAUGCUGACAAGCUAAAGCAGGGGUCCCCAAACUACGGCCCGCCAGCGUCCAAAAUCAGGCCCGCAGGAAGUCCCAAGUAUAAUAAAAAAUAUAUAUUAUUUUUUUCUGUCUUUUCUUAUCCACUUUGUACCGCUUGCUACUCACGGGGUCUCCUAGCCGCUCAGGCAAAUCAUAUUGUCUAAAAAUGCAUUUUCUCAUCGAUAA